ACGAUAACCCUCAGCGGUAAGGCAAUAGAAGCACCAUCGUGGCAAACCCAGGUGAAUAAAUCGAAUUUGGUCGAGGUAUUGACUAACUCGAGUGUAACAUUUGCCAGUUGUGAUUAUGAAAACGAAGAUUUGUACCAAAUAAUUGCAAGUGUAAUGAGGAUGUUAGGUUUCAUUGAGGAGCACAUCGAUGACGUUGCUGUACUCGAUGCGGCGUUUGGAACACGAGUAUUGGAAUCUCAGAUGCGUCUUUUCCAACUUGGACAUCCUGAGUUACCGCAGUCUUUCCUGGGCGCAUUACAGUUCAUACAAAAUUGGAGUAAGCAGCUGAGUGAGAUGAUUAUCCAGAAAUUGCUGUCAAUGGAAAUUCCAAGAGCAGAAAGAGAUCAUAUGUUGAGGAAUUUGUAUUGGGUUAAUGAUACCGAACUGUGGGAUAGUCCAAGGAUAGGGAACUGGCGAUCAGAUUUUGAAUCGAAAAUGAUUCUUCUCAGUAGCGAGACGAUAGACAGCAUACUGUCGAAAGGGCUAUUGAUGUCGGAAGAAACAUGGGACAACUGUAUUGCCGAUGUUUUUGAAGAAUGUGCGGUGACCGAUGACUGUGCCGAAUUGUUUAUGGAAAAAAUUGGUUCUUUAUAUCCACUGACUCAUCAGAUUUUUUACCAUUACUUUGCUCAAAAGAAAAAUUGCUUAACUAACGAGCACUUCAAAAAGAAGAUGGGAAAUAGAUCUCCAGGAGAAUUGAUGCAUCGAAUGUGCAAUAAAGUAUGGCAAGAGGCUCAUGCUAUCCAAGUAGCUGACUUUCCAAUUAUGUACAGAGAUUUACUAACAGAACAGGUGACCGUAUGUUCACUGCUUGGAUACACUCAGUUCCUAAAAGUUUCCUGGCUGAAGAGAUUGCUAUCCUGGCAGGGCGAAACUGGCUGCUAUAGUGAUGAUCCUUCCAUACUGACAACGUCACACAGAAACUCUAAAGAAAAUAAACAGUCGAGAAGCUCCAACACCUUACACAGAGUAAAAAGAUCCGACAACAAAAUUCAAAUGGGAUCAGAAAAAUGUUCCGUACAUUUUACAAGUGUAGCCUUAUCGGCGAUGGCAAUGCAUGUUCGGUAUCUCGGUGAUACAUGCUUGAGACAUUAUUAAAAUUAAUUAUUAAAAACAAAUACUUCGAAUGAUUAAUUCUAGAUAUUGAAGGCAAUGAGAGCCUUUAGCGUAUCGAAAACAAAAAUAUGGAACCCAGGUUGUAGGUGAAUUUG